GCUCGCGCGCCGCCUCCAAGAUGGCGCCCCCCGCCCCCCCCCACCCCGUCCUCCGUGCGCGCCGCCGCCGCUCGGGGCGCGGCCCCGCGGCCUGCGCGCUCCUGGGCGGGGGAUGUUGUGAUGGAGAAGCCGCGGUGGAGCCCGAGCCCCGCCGCAGCCUGAGGCAACCUUCCGCCACCUGGGCCCGGGGCCUCGCCGUGCAGGAUCUGCCAAGGCCAUGUCUCUUCCAUCGUCACUGAGCCAGUCGGCCAUUAAUGCCAACAGCCACGGAGGCCCUGCACUCAGCCUACCUUUGCCCCUUCACGCUGCCCACAACCAGCUGCUUAACGCCAAGCUGCAAGCCACAGCUGUGGGACCGAAGGACUUACGCAGCGCCAUGGGGGAGGGCGGUGGGCCUGAGCCAGGCCCUGCCAAUGCCAAGUGGCUGAAGGAGGGCCAGAACCAGCUCCGGCGGGCUGCCACCGCCCACCGUGACCAGAACCGCAACGUGACCCUGACCCUGGCAGAGGAGGCCAACCAGGAGCCAGAAACAGCACCCUUGGGCCCCAAAGGCCUGAUGCAUCUAUACUCUGAGCUGGAGCUCUCGGCACACAACACAGCCAACCGAGGGCUUCGAGGACCUGGCCUGAUCAUCAGUACCCAAGAGCAAGGCUCAGACGAGGGAGUGGAAAAAGCAGCGGGAGAGGUCGAGGAGGACGAUGAAGACGAGGAGGAGGAGGAGGAGGACUUGUCUUCUCCCCCAGGACUGCCCGAGCCCCUGGAAAAUGUGGAGGUCCCCUCUGGGACCCAGGCCCUUACAGACGGCCCUCGGGACCACAGCAAGAGUGCCAGCCUCCUAUUUGGCAUGCGAAACAGUGCAGCCAGUGACGAGGACUCAAGCUGGGCCACCUUAUCCCAGGGCAGUCCUUCCUAUGGCUCCCCCGAGGACACAGAUUCCUUCUGGAACCCCAACGCCUUCGAGACGGAUUCCGAUCUGCCAGCUGGAUGGAUGAGGGUCCAGGACACCUCAGGGACCUACUACUGGCACAUCCCAACAGGGACCACCCAGUGGGAGCCCCCUGGCCGGGCCUCCCUCUCACAGGGGAGCAGCCCCCAAGAAGAGUCCCAGCUCACCUGGACUGGCUUUGCCCACAGAGAAGGCUUUGAGGAUGGAGAGUUUUGGAAGGAUGAGCCCAGUGAGGAGGCUCCGAUGGAUUUGGGACUGAAGGAAUCUGAGGAGGGCACAGUGCCCUUCCCAGCUCAGAGCCUCAGCCCAGAACCAUUGCCCCAAGAGGAGGAGAAGCUGCCCCCACGGAAUGCCAACCCAGGGAUCAAGUGCUUCGCCGUGCGUUCCCUAGGCUGGGUGGAGAUGACCGAGGAGGAACUGGCCCCAGGACGCAGCAGCGUGGCAGUCAACAAUUGCAUCCGCCAGCUCUCCUACCACAAAAACAAUCUGCAUGACCCCAUGUCUGGGGGCUGGGGGGAGGGGAAGGAUUUGCUGCUGCAGCUGGAGGAUGAGACACUAAAGCUGGUGGAGCCACAAAGCCAGGCGCUGCUGCAUGCCCAGCCCAUCGUCAGCAUUCGUGUGUGGGGCGUCGGGCGGGACAGUGGAAGGGACUUUGCCUACGUAGCUCGAGAUAAGCUGACCCAGAUGCUCAAGUGCCACGUGUUUCGCUGUGAGGCACCUGCCAAGAACAUCGCCACCAGCCUGCAUGAGAUCUGCUCUAAGAUCAUGGCUGAACGGCGCAAUGCUCGCUGCUUGGUCAAUGGACUGUCCCUCGACCACUCUAAACUUGUGGAUGUCCCUUUCCAAGUGGAAUUCCCCGCACCUAAGAAUGAGCUGGUGCAGAAGUUCCAAGUCUACUACCUGGGGAAUGUGCCUGUUGCUAAACCUGUUGGGGUAGAUGUGAUUAAUGGCGCCCUAGAGUCAGUCCUGUCCUCCAGCAGCCGCGAGCAGUGGACCCCAAGUCACGUCAGCGUGGCCCCUGCCACCCUUACCAUCUUGCACCAGCAGACAGAGGCAGUGCUAGGGGAGUGUCGGGUGCGGUUCCUCUCCUUUCUGGCUGUGGGCCGAGAUGUCCACACAUUUGCAUUCAUCAUGGCUGCGGGACCAGCCUCCUUCUGCUGCCACAUGUUCUGGUGUGAGCCCAACGCUGCCAGCCUCUCGGAGGCCGUGCAGGCUGCGUGCAUGCUCCGCUACCAGAAGUGUCUGGAUGCCCGCUCCCAGACUUCCACCUCCUGCCUCCCAGCCCCUCCUGCAGAGUCUGUGGCCAGGCGGGUAGGGUGGACUGUCCGCAGGGGUGUUCAGUCUCUGUGGGGCUCCAUCAAACCCAAACGUCUGGGAGCCCAGACUCCAUGAAGAAGCCUCCUUCCUCCCUCCACCUGCUUGUGUUGGGCCCCAGGGAAUUCAAAGGUUUGGGUGCAGGAAGGGGCUCUGGAGGCCAUUACUGGGCCCCAGGUCCCCCAAAGCAGCCCCUCCUCAGUAACUCGGGUUCCCUGCCUAGGGGCUGGGAAGGGAAGCUCUCAUCCCUUAAAAGAAGUGAUAACACUGGAUUAAUGACAAGAGAAUCAGGAAACCAGGCCAGCCCCGGGCCCUCCACCCACCCCCAGUGUUUGAGGUGGAGCAGGAGGAACUGGUCCAGGCCAGGCCCCAUCCUCAUAAGGCCCAGCAGGGAGAGAAGGAGGAGAGGAUUGGUCUAGGCAUGGGUCCCCUCUCCCCGGCUCUGUGGGCACCUCUGCUGUACUGAUAACACUAAUAAAGUCUGUCUGCGCUGC